AUGUCAGAAGGAUCGCGAGCGCAGGACGCCGUGGAGCAGGUGACGCAGAACGUGAAGGACGUCAAGCUAGAGAACGGGAGCUCGCCGGGAGCGUCCAAUGGAACGCCUUCAAAAAACGAGGACAAUGCCAUACCAUUUAAGGACGCAUUCAAGUUGUUUUCGAAAUUUGGCGAUCCUAAAUCAGACGGGAAACUUAUCACAUUGUCCCAAAGCGACAAAUGGAUGAAGCAAGCCAAAGUGAUCGAUGGGAAGAAGAUUACCACUACGGACACAGCUAUUCACUUCAAAAAGCUUAAAUCUUUGAAAGUUGGUAUCGACGAUUACCUGAAAUUUUUAGAAGACUUGGCAAAGAGUAAGAAAGUUGAACUGGAAGAAAUUAAAAGAAAGUUGUCUACAUGCGGACAACCUGGAGUAACAACACAUUUACCCAAAUCUCCAGCGGCGUCUGCUGCGGUGGACAGAUUAACAGACACGAGCAAAUAUACCGGUUCCCAUAAACAACGCUUCGAUGAGACCGGAAAAGGCAAAGGCAUCGCGGGUCGUAAGGAACUCGUGGAUUCCUCCGGUUACGUCUCUGGAUAUCAACACAAGGAUACGUACGACAAAGCCCAUUAA